CAUAAGCCAGCUCAGGGAAAGGGAUGGUGGAUGGGGCAGAGGGGCGAGGAGGUAGGACCCUCAAGGAUGUGAGAGGCACUGUGUUCCACAGCCAGUGCAGGAAUUUACCAGAAAGAGAAGAAGGGACACUUCUCACGCUGACCCUAGAAGGAAGGAAGAAGGUAUGCAACAAGGGCACGCAAGCGUGUUCAUGGGACCGGAGUUGCCCACAUCUUCCUUGUAAAGAAGGAGGUGUGGUUUUGGCACGCUCAGAGACAGAGGUGGACAACGCACACCUCCACCUUCAGACUGGCAGACUACUCCAGAAGCCAUUAGGCUUUCAGCCCCGACUGCUUCCAGCCCUGAGUCACAGAGGAGGUAUCAGUGACCACUCCAGUGACAACAGCAGCUAUAGUAGCGACUACAGGCCGGGAUUUAAGUUUGCUUCAAAGAUGGAAAUGGACUGGGAUAAUUACAGCUUGGAAGAUCUCUUCGGUGAUGCAGAAAAUUAUAGUUACAACACUGACCUGCCUUCUAUUCUAUCAGACUCAGCCCCAUGUAGGCCAGAAUCUCUGGAAAUCAACCAGUAUGCCAUCGUGGUCAUCUAUGCCCUGGUUUUCGUGCUGAGCCUGCUGGGAAACUCCUUAGUGAUCCUGGUUGUCUUAUACAGUCGGGUCAGCCGCUCUGUCACUGAUGUCUACCUGCUGAACCUGGCCAUAGCCGACUUGCUCUUCGCCCUGACCUUGCCUAUCUGGGCUGCCUCCAAGGCAAAGGGCUGGAUCUUUGGCACACCCCUGUGCAAGGUGGUCUCUUUUCUGAAGGAAAUCAACUUCUACAGCAGCAUCUUGCUGCUGGCCUGCAUCAGCGUGGACCGCUACCUGGCCAUCGUCCAUGCCACACGCACACUGACCCAGAAGCGGCACUGGGUCAAGUUCAUAUGCAUAGGCAUCUGGGCUCUGUCCCUGAUCCUUUCCCUGCCCAUCUUCAUCUUCCGCAGGGCCUUCAAUCCUCCCUAUUCCAGCCCAGUCUGCUAUGAGGACCUGGGUGCCAAUACUACAAAAUGGCGGAUGGUGAUGAGGGUCCUGCCCCAGACCUUCGGCUUCCUCCUGCCCUUGUUGAUCAUGCUGUUUUGCUAUGGACUCACCCUGCGCACGCUGUUUGAGGCCCACAUGGGGCAGAAACACCGGGCCAUGAGGGUCAUCUUUGCUGUCGUGCUCGUCUUCUUGCUCUGCUGGCUGCCCUACAACCUGGUCCUGGUGGCAGACACCCUCAUGAGGCUCCGGGUGAUCAAGGAGACGUGUGAGCGCCGCAGUGACAUUGGCCGGGCCCUGGAUGCCACCGAGAUUCUGGGCUUCUUCCACAGCUGCCUCAAUCCCCUCAUCUAUGCCUUCAUUGGUCAGAAGUUUCGCCAUGGACUCCUCAAGAUCAUGGCCAUCCAUGGGCUCAUCAGCAAGGAGCACUUGUCCAAGGACGGCAGGCCUUCCUUCGUUGGCUCUUCUUCAGGGAACACUUCUACUACCUUCUGAGCCCCUGCCCCUGUUGCAGCCCCUCAGGGCUCCUGCCUGGCCCUCAGCACCCCAUUCCAAACCUCAUGCCCAGUAUCAAGGCAGCCUCCAUAUCAAGGCAGCCUCUGUUGUGGUUACAAGAAGUUACUGGGCCAUGUCCUUGUCAGACCCCCAUUGCAUGGUUUAGAAAACCUGCCCUGGGGGCCCCUCCCCUUACUGUAGUUGCUAUGUCAGCAGCUAGAGCUCAGUCCAUCCUACCACUGAGCCUAUAGCACUCUGGUCUCAGAGACACUUAGAGACAUUUAAAAGACAUUCUUUUUAAGUGACUACAGAAAGUUCCCACCAUUGGGAGCCAUUAGUGGCAAAUGGCAUUAGUUGCUGCCCCAACUCUCCCUUUCUUGCCUGUCAGCAAAGUCCACUUCCCUCGAGAGAGGCCAAAAAAGCCAGGUACUUCCUUUCUAAGACUCCCUUAUGCUGGGAGUGGUCUUAUCAUUCACUUCUGACUAAUAAGAUUCAAGGGCAAUAGUGUGCCGGUCAAUCAUUCUGGGGAAAAAAGUCCUGACUUGUAGCAUUUGCCAAGUUGUCUGGUUUAAAUGCUCCCACCGUGGCGAUUUCAAGGGUGGUGGUGUUUAGUAACCAGCUCACAAAAAUCUAGGAAAUGUAAUGAUCUGCUUUCACAAACAGGUACAAACUGGCUUCAGCACACCAUUGCUUAAGAGGAAAUCUGCUGGGGCCGGAGGAUUCCCGAGUAGUAUUCCUGAUUGAAAAAAGAAAGGCAUACACACACACACACACACACACACACACACAUCCUUGAUUCUUGCCGUUAAAUGUGGUUGUAGGAUAUAAUGUGACAAAGAGGCAAAAAGUAUACCAAACACACUUAGGCAGAUGGAGUUAAAGAAUAAAAAGGACCAGAGAAUGAAUAGCCCAGAAGGAAACCUAAGCAUAAAUGGUCAAAUGGUUUUCAACGAGGGCACCCAGACCCUUCAAUGGGGAAAGGAUAGUCUUUCAACAAAUGCUGCUGGGAAAACUAGAUAUUCACAUGCAUAAGAAUGAACUUGGUCUCUUCCCUUACACUAUACACAAAAGUUAACUCAAAAUGGAUUGAAGACCUAAACAUGAGAGCUUCAGUGAUAAAACCCUUAACAGAAACAUAGAGGAAAAGUUUUAUAACAUUGAAUUUGACAUUGGAUAUGACACCAAAAGCACAAGCAACAAAAGAAUGAAUAGAGAAAUUAGAUUUCAUCAAAGGUGAAAGCUUGUGUACAUCAAAGGGUACCAUCAACAAAGUGGAAAGGGAAACCAUGGAAUGGUUGGAAAUAUUUGCAAAUCAUAUAUCUUAUACAGGUUACUAUCUGCAAUAUAUAAAGAAUUCGUACGAUCCAACAACAACAGAUAGUAACAAGUGUUGCCAAGGAUACGGAAAAACUGGUGGAACCCUUGCGCACUGUUGGUGGGAAUGUAAAAUGGUGCAGCUGCUGUGAAAAACAGUGCCUCAAAAGAUGACAUCUAGAAUUACUAUAUGAUCCGGCCAUUUCACGUCUAAGUGUAUACCCAAAAGAAUUGAAGACAGAGCCUCAAACAGAUAUUGGUACACUAGUGUUCAUGGCAGCAUUAUUCACAAUACCCAAAAGAGGAAAACAUCCCAGAUGUCCUUCAAUGGAUGAUGGAUCAACAAAAUGUUGGAUAUACAUACAAUGGAAUAUUGUAUUCAGUCUUAAAAAUGAAUGAAAUUCUGAUACAGGCUACAACAUGUCUGAACCUUGAAAACAUUACACUAAGUGAAAUCAGCCAGACAGAAAUAUUGUAUGAUUCCAUUCAUCAGAAGUACCGAGAAGAGUCAAGUUCAUAGAGAUGAAAGGUAAAAUAAUAGUUACCAGGAGCUGGGGAGAGGAGAAAAUGGGAAGUUAUUGUUUAAUGGGUAUAGAAUUCAGCUGAGGAAGAUGAAAGGUUUCGAAGAUGGCUCGUGGUGAUAAUUGUGCAACAGUGUGGAUGUGCCUAAUGCCCCUAAACUGUAUACUUAAAAAUGGUAAAAAUGGUAAAUUCUGUUAUCUGUAUUUUACUACAAUGAAAAAAAAAAAAGAAAACAAAGAACUAGUUCCCAAAAGACAACCUUUAGCCACUGAACCAACCAUGGAACUAUCUACCAAUAACUUCUUGUUAAAGGAGAGAAUUAAAUGUCUUUUUUUUUUUU